AUUAUAUUUCAUUUUUUUCUAUGUAUUUAGAUCUCAUCAACCUCUAGAAUUCUAAAUCAGUGUAUUAUCUAAUUGUCAGAUAAGCCAUGGAAACUGACCCGGUCGUCGAGUUAUCCACCGAGUUUAACUCACUAAGGGAUUAUUUGUCCAAGAGUCGAAACCGAAUCGGGGAAAUUGCUCGCCGUGCUGGAAUACUUAUCGAGCCAGAUGAAUUUUAUACAAAUACAAAUCCGGGCGACAUUAUUUCAAAACUGGUUCAUUUUAUGGACGAAAUCUUGUCCCUCCCUUGGACCACGGAGGCCUUGAUGUUCGCCACGUUUGCAGCACAAGGGUCCUUUGGCCACGCCUUUCUCCCCGACGGAUGUGACCCCCUCAUCGACACGCUGGCCGAGCUCUGCUCCGCCCUUCCAGAGAUUACGGACAGCAUGGAACUUGUCGCAGACCCAAUUUCCCGUCCGGACCAAGAACACGUUGACAGAUUCGACCCUCGUAAUGUCACCAUCAUGAGUUUGGAUUUCGAUGGAACGAAUUCAUUGGAGAUUGCACCUUUUCAAACGGUUUCCCAAAACGUGCCGAAUGUCAACUCAUCCUCAGAGAAGAUAUGGGAGUGUCCCACGUGCCCGAAGACGUUCCAGUCGAAGCAGAAUUUGAAUCUGCACGUGGAAACGCACGAUCAAAAUGCAAAAGUACAAUGCGAGAUUUGCGGUAAAAUUUUGAAAAAUCCCGCCUGCCUUUAUUUCCACAACAGGAAUAUGCACACCAAGCGGGAUCGUCCACGUUGCCAAAUUUGUGGACGAACAUACUUCAACACCCCGGCGUUAAAGAAACACGUGGAAAGUGUGCAUAGCUCGACAAAUCGUCCCCGUUUCCCAUGUGGAUUUCCCGGUUGUGACAAAUCCUACCUAAGAAAAGGAGAUUGUAGGUCGCACGGAAGAAUUGAAUAUUCCGAAAAUCCGGUCCGAUUUCGGUGUAAAGUUUGUCUGAAGGUGUUCAAGAUUAGGCAGCAUCUUGAUUAACACGCCGUCGUUCACUCGACCGAGAAGCCGUUCGCGUGCUCCACGUGCGGCAAGAGUUUCAAAAGGACGGGACACUUGAAGAAACAUGAGAACACCCACUUGGAUAAAUCAAACCGUAAUAUUUUACGGUGUCCCAAAUGUCCUAAGACGUUCGUAUCUCUGCUCGGAUUCCAGAGACACAUCCAUCCUGCUAAAGAUUCCUGCGUCAAAGAAGACCACCUCCAACCAGGGCUGAAGAACACGCCACAAUCCUCCGAACCUUCUCUUCUGCUCGAAGAUGUUUGCAGCUUUUAGUGAAUUACUGCACUCUUAAGAAUAAUGUCACCCUUUGAAAAACUAAAUGCACCCUCAAUUCUUAAUUUUUAAUAAGUAAACUAUCUAUACUAAAUCCAGAAUAACGUUAACUUGAUAAAGAGUAAAGUUCCCUCCGGAUUUAGGAUUAAGUAUGGUAACAAAUUUUCUUUAAUUGUAUGCACAAGUAUUUUUGAUGAUUAAGAAUAGUUUUAUUUAAGUUUUUGAUUAGCAUUUAAUUGACUCGCGUAUAAUUGAUUAUUAAAUAUCUUU